GCGGCGACCGUGGCAGAGGCGGUGGCGAAGGCCUCCGUGGCGGAGGCGGAAGCAGAGGUGGAGGCUGAGGUGGAGGCCGAGGCCUCAGCGCAGGAGGCAGCAGCGGAGGCCGCCCUGGGCGAGGCGGAGGCCGCCCGGGUGGCCGCGGCCGUGGCAGUGGCCAAGGCCGGCGCGUUGGCCGAAGUCGCCACGGGAGCGGAGGCUGCGGCCCCCGCCUUCGGGGAGGAGGAUGCGGACGAGGACGAGGAGGCCGUGGCCGCCGCCGUGGCCGCCGCGGUGGCCGCCGCGGACGCAGAAGCGGAGGCCGGCGGCGGCUGUGACGGGAACCCAGACUUCCCCAUGGCCUCGCUGUACGUGGGCGACCUGCACCCCGAGGUGACGGAGGCGAUGCUGUACGAGAAGUUCAGCCCGGCCGGGCCCAUCCUGUCCAUCCGCAUCUGCAGGGACAAGAUCACCCGCCGCUCGCUGGGCUACGCGUACGUCAACUAUCAGCAACCGGUGGAUGCCAAGCGGGCCCUGGAGACCCUGAACUUCGAUGUCAUAAAGGGCAGGCCGGUGCGCAUCAUGUGGUCCCAGAGGGACCCCUCGCUCCGCAAGAGCGGCGUGGGCAACGUCUUCAUCAAGAACCUGGGCAAGACCAUCGACAACAAGGCGCUGUACAACAUCUUCUCCGCGUUCGGCAACAUCCUCUCCUGCAAAGUGGCCUGCGACGAGAAGGGGCCCAAGGGCUACGGGUUCGUGCACUUCCAGAAGCAGGAGUCCGCGGAGCGGGCCAUCGACGCGAUGAAUGGCAUGUUCCUCAACUACCGCAAGAUUUUCGUCGGGAGGUUCAAGUCGCACAAAGAGCGAGAGGCCGAAAGGGGAGCCUGGGCCAGGCAGUCCACCAGUGCUGACGUCAAGGAUUUCGAGGAAGACACCGACGAGGAGGCCACCUUUCGAUGAAGACACCCAGAAGCUAGCUAGCCAGCAGAGCCACACCUUGGCUCCCACCCGGUUUACAGCCCCCCCCACCCACCAGCAGUGUAUUGUAUUGGGAGUGCAGGUGAUACAGAUAUCAUGGUAGACACACCGGGAAGGAGCUAGAAAUCAGAAGGGGGAAAACCGAGAGAGUAAUUGAUCCCCGCGAUCCUACCACCCAGAGAGAACCGCUUUUGCCCUUUUGGUGUGCUGUUUUCCAGGCUUUCUUCUCUCCCUCUCUGGCUCUGCCUUCCUCCCCCCACCCCACCUUCCCGUUUGACACACUGUUAUAGAGUGGUUCAUGCGUGUGGUGUUUCUAACCUGCUUUUUCAGCAUCUAAAACCAAACAGAAAUCAACCCAUUCAACUUCUUUCCGUGUUAUUCAACAGGCUUGUGAAACGUCAUCUUCAGUGCCUGCGGAGUGCUCCAGUGUAUCCAUGGACCUUAACGUUUCUGUACUCGUUCCCGCAUUGUUGGACAUUCAGGUGGUGCCUAGUUCUUUCCCUGUGUUCCAAACCAACACUGCGUGUGCUCUGAUGAGUGAAUCCUUCCUUGUCAAGCCAAAUCUUUGCUAGCAUCUCCUUAACCGUGGACUUGCAGGAUCCACAUAGAGACGUUUUAAAGACUUUCCUGUGUGUUGCCAAAAGGCCCCCACAAGCAUCGUACCGAUUUGCACUCGUGCCAGCCAGCGCAGCUAGUGAAAAGAGUACGCCCAUUUCCCCUGCGCAAUCUCCUGGUCACUAUAAUUGGUGUGCCUGUGUGUGGACGCGCGUGAGUGCGCGCGCGCGCGCGCGCGUGC